AUGGCUACUCUCCGUACAGUAUUGCCCGUAUGGGCGUUGGCAGCCAUCGCCGCAGCUGUGCCAGCCCCCGAACCCGUACCGCACCCGAUGAUCACGCCUGCCCCGGAACGCCGAGCCUUGGAUCCCGGCUCCUAUAUCAACAGCGUGAUCAGUAACAUCGGGAGCGGCGUGUCGUCUUAUGUUGCUUCAGGUGUCCCGCAGUUCUUCCAAGACUUCCCAACGGGCGACGCCGUCGAGAGUUCUCUGGGCAUCAACAAUGACGACCUAAAAGCGACACCAACGCAGGUUCUGAAUAUACCGGGCUACGGUAACUGGACAAAUGACGGCUGGAAUGUGCGAGUUCACGGCAACGUCUUCAAGCAGCCAAACAUCUCGCAGGACGAUGUGGACGACCUCGCCAACAAGUUCCUCAUCGGCACCGAUAUCCAAGAUCUGCCGGAAGACCAGCAGAACCAAGCCAGGAAUCUGACGCGAUCUAUUUUCGUAGUGCAACAGGAGGACCUCAAUGUCACCAUCAACUUCGAGAACGACGUGUCCGUUGAGCCUGACGCAAGCGGCGGUGUGAUCAACGCCGAGGGAGGAGCGCAGACUAUACAACUACCGUAUAAGACGACCGACCAAGGAGAUUUCGAUACUUUCGUAGUCCUUGCUAACACGACUGGGCCCAACGGCGGUCACUUGAUAGCCGGCAAUGCCACCAGCAGCAUUCAAUCAUUGAACAUGUACGCCAACGGAACUAAUACCGGCAACGCCACGGCUUACUUGGUGCCCCCCGAAGGCCUGACGAUUAUUUCUGAUAUUGACGACAUCUUGAGAAUCACCAAGAUCUAUGACCCAAAGGAGGGAUUGCUUAAUUCUUUCGCAAGAGCCUUCACGCCGUGGGAGAACAUGCCCGAGAUAUAUGCCAAUUGGUCGGCCUCGAUCCCUGACUUCCACUUCCACUACUUGACCACCACGCCCGAGCAGGUCACAAGAAACUAUAUGGAAUUUAUCUACAAGACAUAUCCCCUCGGUUCAUUCGAUACACGACCACUCAACUUUUCCGACGUAUCGGCAACGCUCUCGAUCCGACGCUUUCUCUUGGACAAGAUCUUCCAGACCUUCCCCCAGCGAAAGUUUGUCCUCAUGGGUGACACCACGAACUCGGACGUAAUGAAAGCGUACCCUGCUCUAGCCAAGGAUUAUCCUGGCCAAGUCCAGUGCAUAUUCCUUCGCAAUACCUCUGCAACAGAUAGCACGGAUUUGUUCCCCUACGAUACAUCCGGCUUCGAGGGUCUCGAUCAGAAGCAAUACAUGUUCUUCAUCCACGCAAAUGACCUUACCAACCUCGACGUUGUUGGUGGCAACUGCUACAACGCAACCAUUCCGCAAAACGUUACAUUUGGUUACCAAGGUUAUGGAUUCGGAAACUCCGCUUCGUCCAGAGCCUUUGGAGGCAGUUCGGCCACUGCUCUCAUCAUUGCAUGGUUCUCCCUGGCCGUGCUGCUCUUUUAA